GAUACCCAAUACUGUCAUAUACGGUUGUUCCACUCCCUGGCCAUGAUGGCUGAUGAGGCAAGCCGGCCGCUCCUGGAUGGGCAUGCUAGAUCCCCUUCGCCAGGCCCAUCCCCAGAGACCGCCACUCGUCCUGACCAGCCUCGCCGAUCAUUCGAACUGUCAUCCGAGUCAACACCGUUACUCCACCGUCGCGAGGAUGGCUUUGCCACAUAUGGAACUGAAAGAUCGUUCGACGCAGAGUCAACAGAGGACUGCCCUUCCAAGAAACAGAGCCGCGUGCGAUGGCCGACUGUGAUAUCCCUCGUGGUGUUAACGACCGCAGUAUUGGCGAUUCUGGUCUUUGCUUUUGUUGCACCAGCAGUAGUGAAGGAAUAUGCCCAAGAAGCAGCAGUAUUUAAACCUACUGCGCUCUCAAUUGACUCCACGACCCCCCAUGGCGUGCGGGCUCGAGUGCAGGGUGAUUUCGUCAUGGAUGCUAGUCGGGUGAAGAACAAGUCUAUGCGUGACUUUGGGCGUUUGCUUACCUGGAUCGCCCAGGAGGUUGAAACAGGCGAGUCAGAUGUGGAUGUAUACCUGCCGGAGUAUGGCAACGUCCUUGUCGGGAACGCGGAUUUGCCAUCCAUCAAAGUCGACAUUCGCAACGGCCAUCACACCCAUGUCGACUUUUCGACUGACCUGACUGCGGGAGACAUCAAGGGUUUACAUUCUAUCGCUAGAGAUUGGAUAGAGGGGAGGUUAGCGCGCUUGAGCGUCCGAGGUCGGGCAACGCUACAUCUGAAAUCAGGCAUCAUAGGCCUCGGUACUCAGAUCUUGACUGAUACCAUCACAUUUGAAGAAAAUGACUUCCCUGCGCUUCCGCAGAUUGAAAUUAUCAAGCUAAACGUGCAUGACGCAGCACAAGGUUCCUUGGCAGUUGAUGUCCAGCUGUCUGCAGGCAUUAAUUCCCCUCUUGCUCUUACAAUUCCCGCACUGGAAUUUGCGGUGCUUGUGCCCAAUUGCUCCCCUGGCGACCCUUACAUCCUGGUUGCCGAUGCCAAAACAGCCGAGGUCCAAGUUCGUCCUGAUGCGCCAACGAUGAUCAGUGCGGAGGGGCUCAUCAAUAAACUGCCCAAUGAGCUAACCACCACUUGUCCGGGAGGAACUGACUCGCCUUUGGACUUUUUGGUCUCGAAUUAUGUCCAUGGUCUUAAGACGACCAUCUAUGUUCGUGGUGCAGAUUCGCCAUCGACUGCAACCCCGGAAUGGAUCGCGGACAUUCUACGCAGUGUCACUGUACCGCUGCCAUUUGCAGGAAGUGCUUUGGAUGACCUAGUGAAGAACUUCACCAUGACGGACACUCAUUUCUCCCUUCCCGAUCCGUUUGCGGAACCAGGAUCCCCAGAGUCCCAGCCCACAGUGUCUGCUUUGGUGAAGGUGCUCAUCGGGUUGCCGGAGCAGAUGAAUUUCCAAGUCGAGGUUCCGAGCGUUCGAGCCCUCACAAACGUUUACUACAAGGGCGAAGAGCUCGGAGUUUUGAACAUCGACAACUGGCAAGAUGCCAACUCGACGAUGGUGGAGAACCAAGAUGGCUCCUCCGCGCUGCUUGUGGAGUUCCCUAUCAAGGACGCCCCGCUACAAGUAACGGACAAUGACGUGCUAGCGCAGGUCAUCCAAGAAAUGCUAUUUGGUAGCAAGGCAGUGGUCUUGCAUGUCGCUGCUACCGUAGACGCGAAGGUCUCAACGGCUUUGGGCCGCUUUGCCGUGCGCGGGAUUCCCGGAGAAGGGAACGUCCCCGUUAAGAUUCCUGCUGGAAAAUCGAUUGACCAUCUCAAUUGCCGCAUCGUGUCCUUGGAGCUGGGCGAGACUAGUGAAUCUUCUUUGGCCGUAUCAGUUCGGUUGAACUUUACAAAUCCAACCGAUUACUCUGCGGUCGUUCCAUUUGUUGAUGCCCGAGUUCUCUUUAAUGACACGGCCGUGGGACAUGUUACCGCUCGCAAUAUCUCGGUAGUUCCAGGGAACAAUACCGAGGUCUCCAUCAACAUUUUCUGGGACCCAUUGAAUAACGGGGGGCUUGAUGGCGUAGAAGCUGGACGAGCUCUUGUCUCGUCCUACAUCUCAGGAUUCAACACAACUGUGAGAAUCCAGACCCACGAAGGGACUUUCCCUGCUCUUCCAGACCUUGGCAAAUCGCUUUCAGUGCUAGCUUUGGACGUCCCAAUUCCACAUAUGUCAACACCCCGGUCCCCGGACGACGACAAUGACGAUGAAAGCCGCCAGCAUUUUAUCCAGGACGCAACGCUUCAUCUUUGGUCUUCUACGGCUGAGUUUACUCUAUUUUCCCCGUUGAACCAGACCAGCAUCACCAUAACCUCGAUCGAUGCGACUGCAUUCUACGAGAAAGACGAACCGGUAGGACACAUCAAAUACUAUCAGCAGUUUGACGUCCCGCCAGGCAUUUCACAUUCGCCCCGCCUACCUGUUGAUUUAGUUCUGGGUGGUGUUGGUUAUGACGCUUUGCGCAAGGCGCUCGGGCAGUCAUUGGAGAUGGAUGCCGUCGCUAAGGUCGGGGUGCGGAUUAAAAAGUAUGCUGAUAUUGUUUUCUACCGCGGGAAAGGUAUUGGAGCGAAGGUUAGGAUUUGA